AUAUAUACGAAAGGGGGAACUCCGACUUGAACAAAUCUGGACAGCACGAAGACUUGGGCCACAAAGACUUGGGCCUUACUAAAGACAAGGAUGAUGGGCCUGAUGACGUUGACCCAAAUGCUCAAGGUGCUUCUUCUUCUUCCUUCCAACCCUAAUCACGCCGAAGGAAUCCCGUAUGAAGAUCUUCCUGAUGGAGAUCAUUACGCUCAUAUAUUCUAGUUCUCAUAUUUUUCUUUGUGAUGAUUUUUUAUGUUUCCAUAUCAGACCGACUUUCCUUUUCUGGAUUAUUCUUCUUCUUCGUUUUGCCAUCUGUAUAUAUGUGCUGCAUAAGGGUAUGAAUAAAAUACAGUCUCAAGUUUUAUUGAUCAAUUCUCACAAAUCAAUCUCUUUUUCUAUAUGGUAUCAGAGCGUUGAUCCAUAACUUCUCAGUCUCCUAAGAAUCGAUUCCGUUUCUGCUUCCAUGGAUACCUCUUCGUCGCCACGAUUGAUCCCGAUCCAAUUCUCGGGAAACAACUAUGCUAUCUGGUCCAAGGCUGCCAAAACGACCUUGUGCAGUAAGGCUCUCUGGACUCACAUCAAGCUGCCUAGUCCGAAAACUGUCACGGCGGAGGAUGGCUCUGUUACGGUGGUGCCCAACACGGCGGCUGAAGAAAGUGCUUGGUUCCAAGAGGACCAGUUGGUGUUGUCUCUACUUCACAGCUCUCUAGAGGCGUCUAUUUUAUCAACCUAUAUACACAAAGAUACCGUUAAAGACCUCUGGGAUACUUUAGAGGGAAUUUAUGGAAAUCUCUCCAACUCGAGCAGGAUCUACGAGAUCAAAAAAUCGCUGCACUCCAUCAACCAAGGUGGCCAACCGUUCAACAGACUUCUCGGCGACCUCAGCGCCCUCUGGGCCGAGUUAGAUGAACUCAGGCUUGUUUCCACAGACUCUGCAGUAAUCACACAGCGAAAUGAACAAGACAAAGUAUACACGCUCCUCCUUUCCCUUGAUGGCACUUAUGGAGAUUUAGUUCACCACGUUCUGAGACAAUCAGAAUUGCCUUCUCUCAAUGAGGUGUGCAUGCUCAUUAAACGGGAAGAAGGAGGGCGCAAUCUCUUCCAAGGUAAGCCUGAACUUGCCCAUUUUCGAAAAACAUCUUUUCCUUCGAAGGAGAGAACUCCUUUUUUCUGUGAGCACUGUAAGAAGUCAGGUCACACAAAGGCAAAGUGUUGGAUCCUUCAUCCACACCUUCGCCCUCAGAAAUUCAGAGAGCCCGGAACACAGGUUCGUGAACGUGCUCUUGCAACUCCCUCACAUGACAUGUUCUCUGACGAAGAGUAUAAAACUCUGAAGCAACUCAUCCAAUCUGCAUCUGAGUCUGGAUACUAAAACGGGAGCAAUAUUCGGUAAAGGAGCUCUCAAGAAUAAUCUCUAUCUACUUGAUCGCUUGAACUUUCAUUCCGAAG